AUGAGCUGGCUGAUGUUGGCAGCCGCUAUAGUAUCUUUGCUCAUCACACAAACAGUGGUGAUGAGGGAGUACACUUUGUUGAACGAGUCCUUGGCAGCAGCCAAUCGUGAGCUGUCUGCAUUUUUGGCUGGCAGGGGGUUCCAAAGUGACGGAGAGGAUCUGCAAGCAUUGCGGGGAGCCGUUGAGGAUCAGCACAAUACCAACGCUCAGCUUGAGAGGGAGUUAGAGCAGGUUAGAGGAAUGCUUGAGGACGAAACUGAG